AUGGCCGGCGGGGCUCUGCAGGUCGCGGGGCUGCUCGUCGGGGGCCUUGGUGUGGUGGGCACGUUCGCCGUCACGGCCAUGCCCCAGUGGAGGGUGUCUGCCUUCAUCGAGCACAACAUCAUCGUGUUUGAGACCAUCUGGGAAGGGCUCUGGAUGCACUGCAUCAGGCAAGUCAACAUCAGGAUGCAGUGCAAGGUCUACGACUCAGUGCUGGCGCUCUCGCCGGACCUGCAGGCGUCCCGGGGGCUGAUGUGUGCCGGCUCAGGGCUGUCCCUCCUCGCCCUCGUGCUGGCCAUGGUUGGGAUGAGGUGCACACGGUGCCCACAGAGCCCCUGGCAAACCAAAGGCUGCAUCCUGCUGGCUGCUGGGCUCCUCUUCAUCCUCUCAGGCGUCGUCGAGCUCGUCCCAGUCUGCUGGGUCGCCAACUCCAUCAUCAGCGACUUCUACAACCCCGUGGUCAACGUUGCGCAGAAGAGGGAGCUUGGAGAGGCCCUGUACCUGGGCUGGGUGGCCUCCUUCUGCCUCGUGGCCGCUGGAUCCACGUUCUGCUGCUCUUCCCGCUGCGCUGAGAAUCCCAGGAGCCACAGAUACUCAUCCCCGACCCUCCACUCCCCUCACAGCCAGCGCCUGCACAGCAAGGCCGAGGGAUCCUACUCCAAAAGUCAGUAUGUGUAGGUGCCUCCUGCCUUUCCCUGCUUCUGCAUCCUUGUCUGCCUGGAUGGAUGGAAACCUGCCUUUGCCUCCUGCCCCACAGCUGCUGCUCUUGGGGCCGUGGUUUGGAGCUGCAGCCAUCCCCCAGUGGGCUCUGCUGGGGCGAGGAUGCUGCAGCAAGGACAGUUUUAGUGCACGGGAAGGUGAAUUUUUAAUGUUGUUCUAAUAGUAGCUCGGAAUGG